AUGGCGCCGUCCAGUGAUAGGGGAAGACGACUGUCUAGUCGGUGGAUUUGCUUGUUUACGUUUUUAUUAGGUGUAGGUAUUUUUCACUUGGUAAGCACUCAUGGACACGGUCAUGACCACCAUGGCCAUUCACACGAUGAUCCCGAACAUAACCAUGAACCACCGUCUUUCAAGUACAGCCGAGAAGCCAAUGCGAAUGCGCCUCCAGCACCAAAGAAAGUAGCAGACAGCGCUAAGCCCAGCGGCCGUCACGCUCAUGAACACCACGGCCACGCUCAUGAACACCACGGCCACGCUCAUGAACACCACGGCCAUGCUCAUGAACACCACGGCCACGCUCAUGACCACCAUGGUCAUUCACACGAUCACCAUGGUGAUCAGGGAAAGAAAGAAGAUGCACAAGCAUAUUGGCAGGAUCCUGCUAAACCUAGCAAAAAACGCGAACAGUCGAGUAUAGUAUGGCUAAAAGCGCUGGGAGCUACAGCCUUAAUCAGUGCAGCCCCCGUACUUAUACUGCUGUUUAUUCCGCUAGAAAAUGCAGAUGAGCACCAGGAGUUGCUCAAGGUAUUGCUAAGCUUUGCCUCAGGUGGAUUGUUGGGUGAUGCUUUCUUGCAUUUGAUUCCCCAUGCCAUUUCACCUCACUCUCAUGGCGAGGAAGGGCAUGGACAUGAACAUACUUCUUCCGAUCACGGACACUCACACAGCCCUCAUGGUCAUGAUUUGGGGGUAGGGUUAUGGGUCUUGUCUGGUAUUGUCGCCUUUUUAAUUGUGGAGAAAUUUGUAAGGCUUGUGAAAGGUGGGGAUGGACACAGUCAUGGCCAUGGGCAUUCACACGGUACAAGUCCUCCGAAGCCCGUAGACAAACCAUCAAAACAGAAAGUCAAGAGUAAAGCCAAGCAAAGUGAUGACGAGGAUGAAGAUAAGGAAGAGGUAAAAUCAGACGUUAAAACUGUUCAUCUUGUUGUCUCAGACAUCAAAGUUGCAGGCUACUUGAACCUGGCUGCAGACUUUGCUCACAAUUUCACUGACGGUCUGGCUAUAGGAGCUUCUUUUCUAGCAGGACAGAAUGUGGGAAUCAUUACUACUAUAACAAUAUUUCUUCAUGAGAUACCCCAUGAGAUAGGAGACUUUGCCAUUCUCAUCCAGUCAGGAUGCAGCAAAAAAAGGGCAAUGAUGCUGCAGUUCUCCACUGCCAUAGGAGCAAUGCUGGGGACUGUGUGCAGUUUAUGCAUGGAAGGUAUAGGUGAGGCUGCCACCGCUUGGAUUCUCCCCUUCACUGCAGGAGGAUUCAUCUACAUAGCCACAGUCUCGGUGAUCCCCGAACUCCUGGAGGACACCAAGUUUGGACAGAGCAUCAAGGAGAUCCUAGCUCUGCUCACCGGGGUGUACAUGAUGGUGUUGAUUGCUCAAUAUGAGUAA